UAUAUCUUAUCAUUUAUAUCUUCGUUUCCUUCGAAAUUCUUGUGGUUUUAUUUACAUCACAUGUAUUUUCUUAUUUUGUAAUCUUUCAUUGUAUUGUAUCAUUAAGAAGAUGACGUCAUAGUUUACGUUAUUGAAAUACUUGUUGAUGGCGGUUGUAAGUUAUUCGUUUUCAUUCAACAAUAUUCUAUCGAUCUUCUUUUUAAAUAAUGUUACGAAGAGGUGCUUUUUUUGUACGACAUCUUAGAUGUUUUAUGAGAAGUUAUCACGAUGAUGUACCUGUUAUUGGUACACCACAAGAUACAAAAUCGUCUACUUUUCAAGAAAAUUAUCUACAAAUGAAAAUACUUGUAGACGAACUAAAAUCUAUUAUAGAAAAGAUAGUAGAGGGUGGGGGACGUAAAGCCAUAGAUAGACAUUUAAGCAAGGGAAAAUUAUUACCCAGGGACCGUAUCAAUAUACUUCUAGAUAAGGGUUCUCCUUUUCUAGAAUUUUCACAAUUAGCAGGGUACCAGAUGUAUGGAAAAGAAGAGAUACCAGCUGGCGGAAUAAUAACUGGAAUCGGCCGAGUAGAAGGAAACGACUGUUUAAUAGUAGCAAAUGAUGCGACGGUAAAAGGUGGUACUUAUUAUCCAAUUACAGUGAAAAAGCAAUUACGUGCUCAAGAAAUUGCAGAAGAAAAUAGAUUACCUUGUAUAUAUCUGGUUGACAGUGGUGGAGCGAAUUUACCUUAUCAAUCCGACUUGUUUGCCGAUAAAAUGCAUUUUGGAAGGAAUUUUUAUAAUCAAGCAAAUAUGAGCUCUAUGGGAAUUGCACAAAUUGCUGUUGUGAUGGGAAGCUGCACAGCAGGUGGUGCAUAUAUUCCUGCAAUGGCCGAUGAAAAUAUUAUUGUCGGAAAUCAGGGUACUAUAUUUUUGGCUGGUCCACCUUUAGUAAAAGCAUCUACAGGGGAAGAGAUUACGUCAGAAGAUUUAGGAGGAGCAGCGCUACAUUGUCGAAAGUCUGGAGUGUCAGAUUAUUAUGCUGUCGAUGAUACUCAUGCUUUGAUUCUAGCACGACGAGUUGUUAAAAAUCUAAAUCGUAUGCCUCCCAUGGAUGUAAAGAUUGAUACAAAAGUAGAAAUACCAGUACAUCCUGUUGAUGAGCUUUAUGGUAUAGUUGGUACAAAUUUAAAACGACCUUUUGAUAUACGGGAAGUCAUAGCAAGAAUUGUUGAUGGUUCAAGAUUUAGCGAAUUUAAAGCAUUGUACGGGGAGACAUUGGUAACUGGAUUUGCUAAAAUUUAUGGUUAUCCGGUAGGGAUCGUUGCAAAUAAUGGUGUACUCUUCUCUGAAAGCGCAUUGAAAGGAACACAUUUUAUACAGUUAUGUGCACAAAGAAAAAUACCUCUUGUGUUUUUACAAAAUAUUACAGGAUUCAUGGUGGGUAAAGAUGCGGAAGAAGGAGGUAUUGCUAAAAAUGGUGCAAAAAUGGUAAACGCGGUAGCGUGUGCAAAAGUUCCCAAAAUUACCGUGUUAAUUGGAGGUUCUUACGGUGCUGGAAAUUAUGGCAUGUGUGGGCGUUCUUAUUCUCCACGCUUUUUAUAUUCUUGGCCAAAUGCUAGAAUCUCUGUUAUGGGAGGAGAACAAGCGGCCAGUGUAAUAGCUCACAUUACAAGAGAUCAACGUCUUCGAGAAGGCAAAGAGCUGACGAAAGAAGAAGAAAAUAAAAUUAAAGAACCAAUUAUCAAAAAAUUUGAGGAAGAAGGUAGUCCAUACUACUCGAGCGCUAGAUUAUGGGAUGAUGGAGUAAUCGAUCCAGUCGAUACUAGGACAGUGCUUGGGCUCAGUUUAGCUGCCUGUUUGAAUACUUCAAUACCAGAAAGCAAAUUUGGUGUCUUCAGGAUGUAAUAUGUUCUAGGAUAUAUGUAUAUAUUAUAUAUCUUUUUAUACGUUCAUAAAAAUGAAUGUUUGUUAUUAUGAUCUGUUUAUAGUAUAUAUAUAUAUAUAUAUGUUUAAUGAAAUUUGGGUCAACAGUUUUUAAUUAUUUCGUGAUUUGUUGAUUUUCAUGCAAAGUCUAAAGAAGUUUAUAAAGUUGUUAAAAAUAAAAAAGAUGUUUUUAAAAACGAUAAAUUUAGAAGCCGUUGAUCCAAAGAAAGUUAUUUCUAUUUUUUAUAUGAUUAUAUUUUAUAUGCAAAUACAUGGAACAUUCCAUAAAUAAAAUUUCGAGUGGGAAUUCUUCUGUUACACAUAUACUUCUUUUUAUAAAAACGUUGAAACGUAUCGAAAAAAAAAGUAAAAAAAUAAAUAAAAAAGAAAAGAAAAAAAACAUAUAAAACAAAUCUGAGAAAAUUGAUUAAGGUAAAAAAAAAAAAAAAAAGAAAAAAUACACAGUAAGUUAGCGAUAGAGAAUGUAUCACAUAUAAACGUGUAGUAUUUAAAUCGUCGUAUCAGCCUUCGCUUUAUUUUGACUUAUGUUACAGUUAAGCUAUAAUUAUACCAAUAAUAGUUAGCCAUAAUUAAUAUCGUAUAAUAAUUAAGUCACGUUAAAAUAUUAUACCCCGUCGCACGACUAGGUUUUUCAGUUUUCUCCGCUCGCAAAGGCCAAUUUUCUUGGAACGAUUGAUCGUAGAUAGAGUAGGUACAUUUAAAUGUAAGGAUUGUUUAACAAAAAAGAAAAAAAAAAGAAAAGGAAAUGAUAGAAGAAAAUUCGGCAGUCGCAGAACGGAGAAAUAUCGUGAGUUUUUAUUAUAUAAGUACAUAUAUAUACACACACA